AUGGCGACCAGCGCCCCGCUCCUGGGUAAGGAGGGCAAGGCCGGCCAUAGCAAGGCCUCCAUUUUCUACGGAGCAGACGAGUAUCUCGAGGAACUCAAGAAAAAAUACCUGCACGACCAUGAAAUCGCGGCAUUGAAGAACGCUCUGCCGGGCGAGGGGGACCCUAACGCGGCAGGCGUUGCCCAGAGCAACGACAAGAUGCUCUCGGUUCAGAAGAACAAUGAGAACAGGAGCCUGAAGACCAAUCGGCUCUUCCCGACCCCGAACAAGCCAGACCCAAUGCCGCAGAACUUGGCAUUCCUCUUCACCAAGAUCACGCCGGAGCAGAUGAUCUAUAUGUGGAAUGUGCUUACCGCAAUUUUCUGUACGCAAGUGCUGAUGGUGAUCGGCUACUGUGCAGCUUUGGCUACCUUCCCGGACUACUGGUGGACCUGUACGCUCUGCUUCGGGCUCCCAUUCUCGUACAUCGCCAUCCAGAACAUCUACAUUGAUCACGAUGUGAUGCAUGGUGCCACUUUCCCGGUUUACGAGUGGCAGCGCUUCUUGACUCACCCCUUUGCGGAUUUUGUUUCUCUUCCAUGGGAGGAAUUCGUCCUGGAGCACAACAGGCAUCAUGCCUCGACGGUUGACCUGCUGAUCCAGGGUGAGUUCGGCUGGGACCCCGAGGAGUUCCACUACGCUCUGCAGCAAUGGGCUGGGCCAUGGGGCUCGAACUGGUACAAGUACCUGCUCACCGUCCCGUUCAUCCCGGUGAUCCACUUCUUCGGCCUGAACGAUACCGGGUCUCUGUUUGCCUUGGAGUGGUGGAUGCACUUCCCCGACGAGGGUGCAGGUGGCAAGUGCAACAAGGAGUUCUGGAGCAAGUGGAUUCCACGCCGCAUCAAGCACAACGCCUUCGUGCUCUCCUUGUGGGCCUGCGUGUGGCUGCUCGGCACCUACCCUCUGGGACGUCCUCUGAGCGAGGGCUGGCGGUUCAUGUUCACCGUUUCCAUCUUCGCUCGCAUCGGGUACUCUGCGGCCUGGAUGUUCAUCACCAACUUUACUCAUUCCUUACCUUGGAACGAGUUUCUCGCACAGGAUCCUGGCCGCACGUGGCCUGUGCUUCACAACGUCAUGGCCAUGGUGCUGGGGGGGAAACACCGCUGGAACGAGAUGCUCUUCCACGACGUACACCAUGCGUUCCCGAACGCCGUCGGCACGCUGAGCCAGCGGGGCCGCUUCCACGGUUGGGAGAAGGUCCACGACGCCGCUGCGGAGGUGCUUCAUCGCGGCCUGUGGAAGCCCAACGGUGAUGAGGAGACCCAGAUGCAGAAGACCCAGAAGAAGCGCUCCUUGAUGAUGAAGCAGGGCAAGUAA